ACUUUUGGACGUUUGAAUUACGGAGGUAGUCGUCAUUAUUGAGCAACUUUAAUUAUUUUACAUUACUUUGGGGUAUCAGAACAUACGAAAAUAAAUAAGUGAAUAUUUUUUCUGCUUUACCAGAAAUAUUCGAUAACUAUGGUGGACGACAAGGCGACAGCAAAAGAUUUAGAAUCAUGGAUUGAGCAGUUAAUGGAAUGCAAACAGCUCAGCGAAGCUCAAGUGAAAACGCUCUGUGACAAGGUAAACUUGGAUUUCUUGUUUCUAUAGCUGCGAUUUUAUUAUUGCAGAAUUAAUUCUCUUGUUCAAGUGUUUCAAAAAAAUUUUUGGUAGAAUCAUAAGAAAGAAAUCUGUGAUUAGACUAACAUGUAUGUUCCAUCGUUAAUAUAUUACAUAGAGAGGUAGAUCAAGCUCAGCUUGUCAUUUCGUCGAAUAUUGUAAAAUUGCGCGUAAUUUUGUUUUCUUGUUUAACUUUGAUCAUACCUCGUGGCCCACAGGUGUCAAUUUUAUGAGAGAUCGAAUCAGCUUAACGUUUUUGAAACGUCAACUUCAUAGUGCGUAUGCAUGCAUUCGAGUUUAUUUCUGGCCCUGCCGUAAUUUAUCAAUUUCGUGGAUGAAAUAAUAUUAUGGUUCAACCUUUGGUCAACUCCCUUGUUUUUCUUCUAAUCAAAACUCAAAUUUGAUCAAUUGAUUUUUGAAUAAACUAUUUUAAAACAAAAUUCGAGUUUCAAUUCCAACUGGUGUAAUUUUUCACUCUGAUUCUUACCCUUUUCACUGCUAUAGUUUUUUUUGCGUUUGGCAGACCGUGUACCAUCUCACAGAUUAUUGCAAUCAUUAACAAUAGUAUCAGAGAGGAGUUGGCGAGUUAUUUGAGUAAGAAUUAGUUUGACUCGAAAACAAUUGAUGGAAGUCAAUGAAACCCCUAUCCAUGCUGGUCUGCAAAGAAUGACAAAACUCUACAAGAUCCUGCCUGUGAUUGAUCUCUUAACCUAAUUAAGAUUCUAAGUUUAAGUGAGAGCUCAACCCCAAUAACCUGAAAUGCAUUAGGUUUUUUUUUCAUGAAUAGUGUUCUCACAUUGGCUACACUAGUCUAGAAGUGAACAUAAAUAGAAUGAGUCAAUUGACAGUGUGGUUGUCAACAAAACAGUGGCUUCUUUCUUAAAUUUGCAAAGUGUCCUUAAGGAAGUGGUGAGUGUCAUGGUGUUUUAAGCAUGAUUGAUUCAAGCAGCACAUAGCCAUCUUUCCACCAGAGAAAGAACAUGUAGAAUACAUGUAGUUUGAGUGGAAUGGUCUGCAGGGGAAGAGUCAUCACACAAAUGGCUAGCUGUUCAGAAUCCCCCAAGUGUUCAGCCUUCCUGUAAUUUGGGAAGAUAACAAAUUAUCUAGCUUCUCUUUUUCCCUAGUAUCCCCCAUUAAUCAGUAUGGAUUAUAGUGAUGAACAUCUUCCCCAGUGAUCCUGCUUUACCUCUUGCAAAACUGUUCUCAAUAUCUCAAAAAUAUCAGCUUGAAUUUGACUAAAAAGUGGUACUUCUGCAUAAAUAUAUCUUUGACUGUAAAAAUGUUAUGUAAAAUAUGGCUUGCUUUUCUGACUGUUGAUUGGAAAAAAAGUAGAGGAAAGGAAAUGUUUGAAUAUCAACUUAUGGCAAAUCAGUUUGAUAAGCAACUGAAGUUAAACCCCUGCCUUGGUAUCUUUUCUUUUUUGCUUUUGCAUAUUUAUCUGACAAUGUGAUUGCAAUUACUUGUAAAUGUAUUGUGGGAUAGCAUUUACUGGGUAUGUUCCCUUAAACAAUGUUCAUUGUACCCAUUUGAAAUUUGUUGGCUUUGACCACUAGUAGAAUCAUGCAAUUUUGGACUGUUUUAUUUAUUUUAUUCUCAGGCUAAAGAAAUUCUUAGCAAAGAAUCAAAUGUGCAAGAUGUGAAGUGUCCAGUCACAGUUUGUGGAGAUGUACAUGGCCAGUUUCAUGAUCUCAUGGAACUAUUUAAAAUAGGAGGAAGGUCUCCUGACACCAAUUACCUAUUCAUGGGUGACUAUGUUGAUAGAGGAUACUAUUCUGUCGAAACUGUAACCCUUUUAGUCACACUGAAGGUUAGUGAAAGGGCAGUUUCUCCACUUGCCUUAGUUCUCUUUUUAUCUUUUUUUUUCUGGGCCCUCAUGUGACAAGGAGGUUGUCUUUGUUGAUUCAAAUGUAUGUUCCUUUUUCUAGGUUCGUUUUCCUCAUAGAAUAACCAUUUUACGUGGAAACCAUGAAAGUCGUCAGAUCACCCAAGUAUAUGGAUUUUAUGAUGAAUGCCUCAGGAAAUAUGGGAAUGCAAAUGUUUGGAAGUAUUUCACAGAUUUAUUUGACUACCUUCCUCUGACUGCAUUAGUAGAUUCACAGGUAAGUUCACUCUUUAGUAUUUGGUCUUCACUGAAACUUUGAGCUUUAUUCACAGUAGUUAUACACUGCACAAGGGUAUGAAAUGAGGAACAUAUCUAUCUAGGUUAAGGAAUGUGAAUAAUGAAUGUGAAUGUGUAAUAAAGUAAAGUAAGUCCCUGAGCAGAGCAAUACAGGGAAAGUGUUAUUUUUGGGAUGUAAAUUUGCAUUCCUCUUUGUUGAAAAUAAAACAUUCUUUUGCUGUUGCAGAUAUUUUGCCUACAUGGUGGUUUGUCACCUUCCAUUGACACACUGGAUCACAUUAGGGCUCUUGAUCGUAUCCAGGAAGUCCCUCACGAGGUUUGUUAAUAUUUUUUUCACAAUCCUGUAGAACUCCUUUCCAUUCUUUAUCUUAAUAACUUCUUUCCUCUCUUUUUUUACUUACUGCAACCAGUACUUGCCUCCACAUGUUUUGUUUUCCUCUUGAAGUAGAAACUGUUUCAAAGUGGACAUUCAUUGUGAAACUGCUGCUGUGUCCAGUGAUUUUAAGAAAUCACACAAUCUUAUGAUGUCAAAGUGAUAUAAUUCUGCAAUGAUGAGGACACGCUAUAAUCAAUACCAUUCCAAGCAGUGUCUAUAUUUUCUGUAACUUUUUGGUGUUUGACGUUUUAUUUUUAGGGUCCAAUGUGUGACUUGUUAUGGAGUGACCCAGAUGAUAGGGGUGGUUGGGGUAUUUCACCGCGUGGUGCUGGAUACACCUUUGGACAAGAUAUAUCAGAAACUUUUAAUCACACAAAUGGCCUGACUCUUAUUGCAAGAGCUCAUCAACUUGUUAUGGAGGUUAGAGAUAAGUAAUGUUUGCCAUUUGUUGUGCUUUAAUGUUGUUGUUGUUGUUGUUAGGGUUGUUAUUAGUAUCAUUGUUAUUGCUGCAACUAUUAUUAUUAUUGUUGUUGUUUCAUUGAAAACCUUUCAUAAAUACAUGUAAACUCUAAAGUCCUCAACUUAGCCUGCUUGAGUUUUCAUCAGAUAUUGGAGAUAGGUAAAUUCACAGGCUAUAUUUUGAUGGCCCAUACUGUUUUAUUUCUAUUCAUAAGUGGAGAAUAUGCCCACGUUAUUCCAAGCUAUUCUUCGACUAUUGCAUGUUGUACUGAAAAUUACACUGUAUGUGUAUAUGUAAAGACUAAGUUGCCACUGAAGUUGUUUCAAUGGUUGUAAUGUAUUGGUAUCCCAUUUUGUUUUACAGGGUUACAACUGGUGUCAUGAUAGGAAUGUAGUUACGAUAUUUAGUGCUCCAAACUACUGCUACAGAUGUGGAAAUCAAGCUGCAAUCAUGGAACUUGAUGAUGCACUGAAGUAUUCAUUGUGAGUAGAAAUAGUAUCUUGCUCAUAGUCUCUUAGCCAGGUUUUGUGAACUGUUUUCACCUUUGUUCUAUUGGUAAACUUAGGUCACCUGUCUUUAUAGUCUUUCCAGUCUGUAGAUACAGGUGAAUAAGGAUAUUUCCUAUAAAAACUUUGGAUUGAUGAUGAUGAUAAUUCCAUUUUGUUGUUGGUCAAUGGUGUUUUCCCAAUGCUGUAACUCAAACAAACAGUGAUCAUGAGUGUUUCUUAGAUGAGGUAGUAAUAUAAACUCUGAUUAGGAAACCUUCAUCUCUGCAUCUAUUAGGAAAGAGAUGGCAACCUUUUGAACUUGUAGCUGCAAAUACUUUUGAAAUUCAGGAACACAGUUGUGAUAAGCUAUUGGGUGCAGUGCUCAAAAUGCUGUCAUGGGAAAACAAGGGUUGUCGUUGUUGACAUGAGAUGAAACCACCCACAAGUAUUUUGUGAUGUUCAUUUUUAUUGAUGGCUGAUCUAUCACUUUAUUUUGUCUUUGCAGCCUUCAGUUUGACCCAGCACCUAGACGAGGAGAGCCACAUGUCACUCGCAGAACACCUGACUACUUUUUGUGAUGAGAAAUUACUUUGAGACCUUGUAAACCUUUCAUGGCAUGUUGUCCUUUUUUAGGGUCCAAGUGCAUAUUUGGGGAUGCUUCCCAGGGGAACUUAUUGCUUUGGUGGCAAUUUUUUUUUUAAAGAAAUCCAUAUCAUUGUCUUUCAGGUUAUGUUAAUUUGUUUUAAACAUGACCUUUCCAGAUGUAAUCUCAUCAUAACUUGUAAAUGCCAUGGAGGGUUAUUCUAACUAAGGAUCAAGUCAGCUUUACUUUAAUGUCAUGGCAAAUAUACUUUGUAUAUUGUAAGAAAAUCAAUUAUCGUGCAGCAUACAAGAACAUCAGUAUUUUUAAGAGGCCAUGAUGCUUGAGUGCAAUCAGGAAAACUGGCUCUAAUGCACAAAUUCAAGUCUUGCUGGUAAAUGUUCUGGAAAAAAAGUAAUUGAAAAGACAAAAUUGUCUUUUUGGUAUGAUUUUUCUGUGGAAGUCCCAUCUCAUAAUGCAAGAACUUUUUAGGAAGACCAUAUAAAAGAUUCAGAGUACUCAAAAAGAACAAGCCAGGCAAUGAAAGAUAACCUUUUUUUCCUUUUCUAUUUAUUAAGUUUACCAGUGAGCCUUGGCAUGAUGCACUCAGCCUACCUUCUGUGGUUGCCAUCUUAACAUAUCGAAUAUGACCACCAGAUUUCACUAUUUCAGCAAAUGUGUCACUUUUCUGAUUUCAAAUAUGCCCAAUCAGAAGAGGGAAAUCCAUGAUACUGUCCUUAGGACUGCUGCUUACACAGGGAUGCAUAUGUGGUAUGUCUUCCUCCCUCUUCUCUACAAAGGAGGUCAUCUCAUGGGCAGAGUGGGAUGUGUAACAACUGCUGGUCCUAAGAUUACGUUCAGAGGGCUUACAAAAUCAAAGUAAAGCCUUGAUUACUCUUCAUGAUCUGAGUUUUGUUAACCUUUGGUAAGUCUAUGACUUCAGCAGUAAUGUCUUCUUGCUGUUGCUGGAUUUGUUCUCAGUGAUAAUUAAUUAAGGUUUCUUGUAGUCAUACUCUUGUCACAGGUUAACACUUCAUUUCUCCAGUAUGUAAGGAUGGUUAUCUAAAGUAAUUUGACCAAUGAAUGUAACUUUACACUGUCAAUAGUUAAAGAACAUAUCCUUAGUCGUGUAAUUUUAUUUUAGCCGAGAUUAUUAAAAUAUGGCAAGAGAUAAUUGCUUUUUAUUCUACCUAUAUCAGCAUCAUUGGGAACUCGUGGAUUUUAAUUGUUGUUAAUACUAUUUUUCAAUCCAAUGCAAAUAUCUUUCCAUUCAUUUUAUGUGUUUGUGGCUCAACCAUCUUUUGUGUCUACUCAACAAAAAAUAGACAUACUCCUCGCUCAGCAUUAAACUACAUUGAAGUUACC